CCAACACCGGCUCCGACCCCGACACGCGCCCGCCCUGCCUCACCGCUGCCCUCCCGCGCCCAGCCCACGACAUGCCCGUCCGCCCCCAGCCCUAAGAAGCCUUCCACCGCGCGCAGCCACCACUCCCGCCUCCACCGCAGCCCGGAUGCGUGCGUGAGCCACCGGCCAUGUCCUUCCUCUUCGGCAAGAAGAGCAAGCCGCCGACCAGCGCGCUGCCACCCGCCGUGCGCGAGAUCUCGUCGUCCAACGGCCAGGGCGCGCCGCCGACGUCGCUCAAUGGCGCCCUUCGCGAGCCUGACAAGAGCCGCCCCGGUCCCCAGAGCCAGCCGCCGCAGUCGCAGACACCUACGCCGGGCGGGAGCGUGAACACGUCGCUCAGCUCGCUGCAGGGCCCCACCAGCGCCACGCCGCCCGAGCCCAAGUCGUUGCUGCGCGAACGGGCAGAGUCGAACCUCCCGGCACACAACGCGCCCCAGACGGCCAGAAUCACGGGCGCCGCGCAGGACUCGCCGUACCCGUGGUCGUCGCGCAGGCUCAACUUCACCGGCGGCAACCCCUUCCCCCGCUACGGCGCUGCUAUCAAUGCGACGGCCUCCAAGGAUGGCACCAUCUACCUCAUGGGCGGCCUCGUUGGCGGCGCCACUGUCAAGGGUGACCUGUGGCUGACCGAGAUGGGCAACGGGACCAUGGCCUGCUACCCCAUCUCCACCACAGGCGACGGCCCCGGGCCCCGCGUCGGCCACGCCAGUCUGCUCGUGGGCAACGCCUUCAUCGUCUUCGGCGGCGACACCAAGCUGGCCGACAACGACGACCUCGACGACACGCUGUAUCUCCUCAACACCUCCACGAAGCACUGGUCGCGCGCAUUGCCCCAGGGCCCGCGUCCCACUGGCCGCUACGGGCACACGCUGAACAUCCUGGGCUCCAAGAUCUACAUCUUUGGCGGCCAGGUCGAGGGCUUCUUCUUCAACGACCUCGUCGCCUUCGACCUGAACUCACUCCAGUCGUCGGCCAGCCGCUGGGAGGUGCUGCUCCCAAACACAAAAGACCAGGUCUCUCCCCAUGUCAUCUCGCCGCCCGCCCGCACCAACCAUUCUGUCGUCACGUGGAACGACAAGCUCUAUCUCUUUGGCGGUACCGACGGCGUCACUUGGUUCAACGAUGUCUGGACAUACGAACCGCGAUCCAAUGCAUGGACUGAGCUAGACUGCAUUGGCUACAUCCCAGUCGCCCGCGAGGGCCAUUCUGCCGCACUUGUCAACGACACCAUGUACAUCUUUGGCGGACGCACACAGGACGGCGUCGACCUGGGCGAUCUUGCUGCCUUCCGCAUAUCGUCCCGACGAUGGUACAUGUUCCAGAAUAUGGGGCACUCUCCCUCAGCGCGGUCAGGCCACAGUAUGACUGCGUUUGGAAAGCACGUUGUUGUCCUGGCGGGCGAGCCGAGCUCUUCUGCCAGUGAGAGGAACGAACUCAGCCUCGCCUAUGUCCUCGAUACUUCCAAGAUCAGAUAUCCCCCCAACGAGAGUGCACUUCCACAGCAGGCACUGAACACGCCACGGAAAAUGAGUGGAGGGGACAGAAGCAACAAUCCCCCAAACCCUCAAAAUGGCCCAAACCUCCAAACCCCCCAAAACUUCCAAGGCAGAAUAGGGUCGCCUCCAGCGCGUGAGAGCAUGGUACCCGGGCCGCCGCACUCCCGAGCCCCGGAUGCAGCAGGAAAUGGCUUGGGCGGUAAUGCUGGAUCGCGGCUGCCUCGUGCAGCUGGGCCAGCUCCUGCGGGCCCUCCGAUGCUUCAGCAGCCUCCCCACCCGAGAUCUAAUGAACCCAAUCCCCAGAUGGUUGCCAACUCCAGAAGCAAAACACCGACAAAAGUCGAACGCACGUACGGGCCUGUUGUAGACACGGGGGCUACAUCUUCGCUCAACAGAGAAAACCUGUCACCAAUAACCCGCGACAGCCCUUCCACGACUGAAAUGCAACGAAACCCAUCCGAUGCGGUUAGUCCAGGCGCACAAAAAGAAUCAAUGGACACGUCUCGAUCAGGUAGCAUAGUAUCGAGAAACACGUCAAGGUCACAUCGGCAGCAGCAAUCCCAGGACAGUGUCGAUCAAACAGCGCCAAGACGAUCAACUGAAGCUCAGCAGCAACACGCCACUAAUCGCGACUUCGAGCCACCCAUUAUGGAAAAGCCAGCCAAUAUGUCGCCUGCAAUCAGCCAACGGAACAACGAACUAGUCCAAGAACUCGAGACAGUCAAGGGUCGGAAUGCCUGGUAUGCAUCGGAACUUGCCCUCGCCCGUAAAGCAGGAUACCACCCCGGGCCUUCGACGAGUCCUGUUUUCGAUGAGCGAUCGGCCGAUUCGUUCCGUGAUGAAGACAGACCUUUGGUCGAGGCUCUUCUAAAGAUGAAAACCGAGCUCGACCGUGUGCAAACAUCGAUCAAGUCUCAGGGCAACGACGCGGCUAAAAAGAUUGCGGAAAUCGAAAGGCAACGGGACGCCGCCGUCAGUGAGGCCAUCUACGCCAAGACUAAAUUGGCUGCUCAUGGUGGUGGUAGUCAGAAUGGAACUCCCCAGUUGGAUGGAGCUCGGAAUAUAGGUACACCCGACAUGGAUCGUUUGAACGAUACCAAUCGCCGUCUGGCCGUGUCUUUGGCCUCACAAAGUGAACUCUCUGCAAAGGUGGAGAGGUUGACACAUGAGAUCCAAUCUGAACGAAGAGCCAAGCAGCUCGCUGAGGAAACCGCAGAAGCCGCUCAGAAGCGCAUGCAAGAGCUAAACUCGACACGACAGCAAGCGUCCGCUGAGUUUGAGAGCCUACGCGCCGAAUUACAUGAAGCCGAACGCGUAGCUAGAGAAGUCUCUGCUAACGCGGCCGCAGCAGAAUCGUCAUCCAAGCUGUUGGCGAUUGACAAACAAGAGCUGGGUGCCAAGGUCGUCCGAUUGUCUGAGGAGUCGAAAAACCACACUGUCUCGCUUGUGUCUUUGCGCGAUGCAAUGGUCGCAUCUUCGGAGAGGUCUAUAUUGUUAGAGAAGCAACUUGAGGAGGAUAGACAGCAGGGUGACAGUCUCCGACAGAAGCUAGCACAGCUUCGUGCUGAACAUGAAGCUCGCACGACUGAGCUCGAGACGGCAAAUCAGAAGCUUCACGACGCUGAAGAGCUCGCGGAAAGAUACGCCGAAGAAGCACGCUUCCAUCGACAGGCGGUACUUUCUGGGCUUGGAAACCUGGCCGACCAUCGUGAUAUCGAUCAAGACGUCGUGGAUGAGCGCGUCACGAUACUCCAACAGCAGGCCGAGGCCGCACAUACCAUAGCCCGCAAGAACCAGGCAGCCGCCGACCAAGCUUCUGAGAAGCUCCGCCGUGCAGAGGAGCGGAUAGCCGGCCUCGAGGCAUACCAAGAACAGUCAAGUCGCGAAGGCCUCACCAUCAGAAAGCAGCUGCAACAUGCAAUGCGCGACAUGCAAACUUGCGAAGCCGAGAAGGUGGAGUUGCGUCAGCAAUACGAGCGUCUGCGCCUUGAGAGCAACGCCUUCGAAGUGCAGCUCAGGACUCUCAAGAACCUCUUAGAUGAACGGGGAGUCAACCAUGCUGAUGCUCGACGGUCACGAGUCUUGGAAAGCCCCAACUCGAGAUUCGGAACGCCCGAGCUCAACCGUGUACGGGAACUAGAGCAACAGAUCGAUUCCAUGAACAAGGCACACGAAGAACUUCGAACCAUUUUCGAACAACGAGAGCACGACGUCAGCAAGGACUGGGAGGAGAAGUUGCAAGCCCUGCACAACGACCACCAGGCUGCUGUCAAGUACCUCCGAGGAACGGAGAAGAUGCUCACGAAGAUGAAGCAGGAGCUUGACCGUUACAAGACCUCGAACACCAAGCUCGAGGAGGAGCUCACACAGACCAGGGGCCUUGCGCAAAACUCCACAGAACCGCCGGAAUGGGAAGCAGAGCGAGAGGCGCUCGAAACCGAGUUGUCAAACGUACAGGAGAACAUGAAGAGAUCCGUCGCUCGUCUCGAAGGCCAGAUCGCCGCGCUACAGGCCGAGUUGACAGGCGCCCGCAACGCCGUCGAAGUCACCACACACAACGCAAGACAAGCCACCUCCGCAGCCGAGCAGCACCGCACCGAUCUCGAGGCGCUCCGCCGCCAGUACGCGCUCGUCGAAGAGCGCGCCCGCGAAGCCGAACACCGCGUACAGAUGUUCCUCGACCAGUUCGAGACAUCCGUAGACAACUACCGGCGCCAAUCCCACGUGCCCGUCGAGAGCGUAAACGGCGAACACAUGCGGCACCGCACGCACGACAGCGUCGCGUCCGUCGAGUCGCUCUACAGCCGCAACGACGGGUCCAGCACCCCCGAAGCCGCCAUCAACAACCGCCCCGCCUCGUCCGCAACGCGCAACUCAAUGGCCCUCGAUAACCUCGCGUCUGAACUCGACGCCCUGCGCAGCCACUGGGAGACUACAAAUAAGGCGUAUCGCUUGAGUGAUCACUUUAACUUCGAUCGCACGCCCACUAAUGAUCGCGAUGAGCAUAAUGAGUCUCUCGCCCAGUGGAGACAGCGCAUUGGUUCCGAUGCGCCGGAAGACCACAAAGGAGAUAGAGAGGCGCCGCAGCAGUGGACAAAUGCCGCGCCGUCGUCGUCGUCGACGCUGCCUGGUUCGUUGUCAUGACAUAUCUGACCGGGGACGUGGAAUCGCAAGUCAAAUACCGUUUUUCUUAUAACCCCCCCUCAGCUGGCUUUGGGUUGAGUGAGCGAAUGAGUCAUUCAGUCAGUGAGCUUGGUUGGAAUGGAGUCUUUGAUUAUAGCUGUGUAGUUUCCCCCCCUCCCAACCGCCUUUUUUCCCGUCCCGUCCUGUCCUGUCCUGUCCCUUUAUAUACCACCUUUUUUGAAUCGUCUAGUCUAGUCUGUGGGGAGGUCGGCUGGGUUCUUGUUUAUACAUAUCAAGUGGU